UGUGUGUGUGUGUGUGCAGAAGGACAUGGGGGAUUAUUUCUGGCAGAUGCGCGUGUUUCUAUUUUUGCUCUUCGCCUUUGACUCGGGAAGCAGAAGAGCAGCGCGAGAUGGAAAAAAGAGAAAAGAACCAGUGUGUGUGUGUGUGUGUGUGUGUGUGUGUGUUUGUUACACAGCGGCGCUACACACACCUCUGCGAAAGGAUAUUAGAUCAUGGCAGUGCCUUUACCUCCGUGUGUCAUUGACUAUGGUACUGGUUACACGAAGAUCGGCUAUGCAGGAAACACAGAGCCACAGUUUAUCAUGGCAUCCUGCAUCGCUAUUAGAGAGACAGCUGGAGUUGGAGACCAGGCUCAGAGACGCCUCAUGAAGGGAGUGGAUGAUCUGGAUUUCUUCAUUGGUGAUGAAGCGAUCGACAAACCCAACUACGCAACCAAGUGGCCUAUCAGACACGGAAUCACAGAGGACUGGGAUUUGAUGGAGAAGUUCAUGGAGCAGGUCAUAUUUAAAUACCUCCGAGCUGAGCCUGAGGAUCACAGCUUCCUUGUGACGGAACCUCCUCUGAACACGCCGGAGAACAGAGAAUACUUAGCCGAGAUCAUGUUCGAAACGUUCAACGUUCCAGGUCUUUACAUCGCCGUUCAGGCUGUUCUCGCUCUAGCGGCCUCAUGGACGUCCCGGCAGGUUGGAGAGCGAACUCUGACAGGAACCGUCAUUGACAGUGGUGAUGGAGUCACACACGUGAUACCUGUGGCAGAGGGCUAUGUGAUUGGGAGCUGUAUAAAGCACAUCCCUAUAGCGGGCCGAGACAUCACCUACUUCAUCCAGCAGCUCCUCAGAGAGAGAGAGGUCGGGAUUCCUCCUGAACAGUCCCUCGAGACCGCAAAGACGGUCAAGGCGAGGUACUGCUACAUCUGCCCAGACAUCGUGAGGGAGUUCACAAAGUACGACACAGACCCCGGGAAAUGGAUCAACCAUAAAGGCAUCAACGCCAUCAGCAAAAACGAGUUUCACAUAGACGUGGGAUAUGAACGUUUUCUUGGCCCAGAGAUUUUCUUCCAUCCAGAGUUUGCCAACCCGGACUUCAUGCAGCCCAUUUCAGAUGUUGUCGACGAGGUCAUCCAAAGCUGUCCAAUAGACGUGAGAAGACCUCUUUACAAGAAUAUAGUGCUCUCUGGAGGAUCCACCAUGUUCAGGGACUUUGGCCGACGCCUACAAAGGGAUCUGAAGCGUGUAGUUGAUGGCAGACUCCGAAUCAGCGAGGAGCUCAGUGGAGGCCGGAUAAAGCCUAAACCAAUUGAGGUCCAGGUGAUCACACAUCACAUGCAGAGAUACGCCGUGUGGUUUGGGGGGUCCAUGUUGGCCUCCACGCCCGAAUUCCUCCACGUCUGUCACACGAAGAAAGACUACGAAGAGCGCGGUCCGAGCAUCUGUCGCCAUAACCCCGUGUUCGGUAUCAUGUCCUAACGCCGGACGCUUUGAUGAUGAUUUUAGAUGAAGAACGCACAGAGAUUUCACUUUAAUCACUAAAAAUCUACACCCGAAAGUUCUGUCCUAUCAGAUUCCUUAACAAAACACAAACACUGCAUCAGCGUCAGGAAACACACAUAUAUAUCAAUGUAAGAGAAGCCAUACACCGAUGACUGUUUGGUCUGGAUCAGCUCGCUUCCGUGUGAAACGUGAAGAAGGAUUUCAUGCAGUAGAUCUGCACACUGUUUGACGCCUGCUGUGUAGACGGUGUGUAGACGGUUUAAUAGACACUCCUGUACUGUGUGAGCGUUUGAGAAUUUAGUUUCUAUUUAUAUACAGAGUUCAUAGAUUUAAAAGAGGCAUAAAUAUUCACUACAUUAUAUAUUGUAUAAGUUCAAAAUAAUAUAUUCUUAUAGAACAGAAAGAAGGAUGUAGUAGAAAAAAGAAUCUAUUUAUUCAGUUUUAAAAUACUUUUAGAAAUUUAUAAAACAGUACAGAUUUUUUUCGCCUCCGUUGUGCAUUAGAGAUUGUUCGGUUGAACAGCAGGUAAUAUGGAAGCAAUAUGAUUUCUGUCUCUCUUUCUCUCAGACACAUCCCUUUUCAGUCCAGUCAAUAAACCUGCUUCUGAUUUCCAA